AUGGCUUUCGUUGCCUUCAGCCUGUUGAUGGUCUUUGCUGGCCGAGCUUCAGCCAAGACGUACAAGACUCCGACGCCUCAGAUGGGAUGGAACAGUUACAACUACUAUAACUGCUACAUCAACGAGACGAUUAUCAAAGCGAACGCGCAUGCGCUGGUCGACACGGGUCUUGCCGAGGCCGGAUACACCACCGUCACGACGGACUGCGGUUGGUUGUCUACGGAGCGGGCGGCUGACGGGCAGCUCGAAUGGAACCCGGAGCUGUUCCCGUCCGGAGGCGGCAAGGAGCUAGGAGACUAUAUCCACAAUCUCGGCCUCAAGUUUGGUGUCUACUCCGGCGGUGGCUACUUCCAAUGCGGUUCCACGGACCAGCCUGCGUCUCUGCACCAUGAGCUCACCGAUGCCAAAUCAUUUGCCGCAUGGGGUGCGGACUCCCUCAAAUACGAUAACUGCUACGCCGUGGAGCCCGAUGUCAUGGUAGACUACCGUCACCCAGAGGCCAUUUCCCCGGACCGUUUCGAGAUAAUGGCCGAAGCGCUGAACACAACCGACCGCGACAUCCUCUACCAGGUUUGUCAAUGGGGGACUGGCUAUGACCUGGGUAUUUGGGCACCGAAGAUUGGAGGCAACAGCUACAGAAUCAGCAACGACAUCUACAAUGGAUGGCGGAGCAUUUGGCGCAUCGCCAACCAAGUUGUUCCCUACUACAAGCACACCGGCCCGGGUGCCUUCCCGGACAUGGACAUGUUACUUGUCGGCCUCAACGCCUUGUCGAACGAAGAAGAAAGGUUCCACAUGGGCAUGUGGGCCAUCAACAAGUCUCCCCUCACCCUUGGUUCGCCGGCCAUCGCCGGCCUUGUACCGGAAUCGUCCCAUGAGAUCCUCAUCAACAAGGAAGUCAUCGCCCUCAACCAAGACCCUCUCGCCAAGCAGGCGCAGCUCGUCCGCCGCUAUACGGAAGAGGAGUGGGACGUCUGGGCCGGUGAACUCUCCGGGUCUCAUGUAGUCGUCGGCCUCGCCAACUGGAAGAACGACUCUCAGCCCGUCAGCGUGGACCUCGCCGCGGUCUUGGGGAUCAAUUCUGCCGAGGCGCGCGACGUCUGGGCGGCCAGUGACAUCGGUUCCGUCUCAGGAACCUACGAGACGACUCUCAACGGUCACGAGCUCAAGUUGCUUGUGCUCUCGGACAUCUCGAAGUCGGAGGAGGCCUACUCAUCGGCCGGGUAUUACAACGCCAUAGAUGCCACGCUGACCGGUUCGGCUGCCAAAGUUGCCUGCGCAAGCGGAACUUGUCUCCCGAGCAUCAGCAAAGUUGGUAACAUUGGGCCAAGGGCUGUGGUCAAGUUUGAGGACAUCAAGGCCAAGUCGAAUGGUAAGAAGCUUCUGGGCGUUGACUUCAUCAACUACGACGUAGCGCUUGACACCGCGUGGGGUUUUGGUUCCAACACGCGCAAUAUGACCAUCUCUGUCAAUGGCGGCAGUGCCAAGAGAUGGGCGUUCCCCAUUGCUGGUGGCAACUGGUAUGAUACCGGACGUUUGCUCGUUGAGGUUGACGGUUUCAAGGCCAACAAAUCCAACACUGUGGAGUUUAAGUCCUUUGAAUCUGGCUGGGCACCAGACUUGGUUGGCCUCGAAGUGUUUGAGGCAACCUAA